AUGUCCGAUAACCCAUCCUUUGUCUUGAACGCCAUCGAGAACGUCUCCUACGAGGAGCGUCCGAUUCCAGACAUCGCUGACAACGACGUCUUGGUGAAAGUUCAUUAUCUCGUACAUGGCCGCAUCGGUGACUUCGUAGUCACUAACCCAAUGGUUCUUGGUCAUGAGUCGGCGGGUAUUGUCCACAAAGUUGGAUCAAAUGUCAAGAAUGUCAGUGUGGGAGAUCGAGUCGCGGUCGAACCAGGCGCGACAUGCCGCACGUGUGAAGCGUGUAAAUCUGGCCGCUAUGAGUUAUGCCCCGACAUUAUCUUCGCGGCAACUCCACCCUAUGAUGGCACUCUUUGCCGGUACUACAGGGUUCCUUCCGACCUCGCUUAUCCGCUCCCCGAAGGAGUCAGUCUUGAAGAUGGUGCCAUGUAUAGAUUGAGCCUUUGGCCUGUGGGUGUCCAUUCCGUUGCCAACUUGGGUGGAUUCCGCUCUGGUCAAUCCAUUAUCGUCUUUGGCUGCGGUCCUGUCGGUUUACUCUGUAUGGCCGUCGCUAAGGCUCUCGGCGCCUCUCGAAUCAUCGCCCGCCUCGACUUUGCGAAGAACUACGCCGCGACCGAUGUCUAUCUUCCUCUCCGUUUCAAUCCGGGAGAGACCAAACUGCUUCUCGGUGUCACCGAACGAGGAAAGAAUAGCCUCGAUUUGGUUAUAGACGCCAGUGGCGCUGAAGUGUCCAUUCAAACCGGAUUCCAGGUCGCCAAAUCGGGAGGGAUUGUUGUUCAGGUCGGGAUGGGAACACCUGACAUUCCUAUCAAUAUGAGCAUGCUGUAUAACAAGGAGCUGAACUACAAAGGCUCUUUCCGUUACGGUCCUGGAGAUUAUCCUCUCGCCAUUCAACUUGUAGCGCAGGGAAAAAUCGACUUGAAACCUCUGGUAACGCAUAGGUUCUCCUUCCAAGACGCCCUCGUUGCAUUCAAUACGACCAAAGCCGGAAAGAGUGCUGACGGCAAAGGAGUCAUCAAGGCCAUUAUCUCAGGACCCGAUAUUUCGUUGGAAGAUAAUUAG